AUGACACGCACCGUCAAAACGACUGAGACUUACCAAGCGACGCGGAGGGCGGAUCUGGUCUGGCGGUUGAGGCCCGCUCUGGCUCUGGCUCUGGCUGUACCCUCUCUCAAUUCGUCCACCCGCGCCAUUUCAAUUACUACGACGAAUACGCAGACCUCGCCGUACCAGCUACACGCCUACGCCCAUAAUAUUUACGCCUCCUUUUCCACUCGCGAGCUUUUACCUGCGGGCCCAACAGCAGCCAGCAGCGCCUCGUCGGAACGGGAGACAACCCCGCAAUCUGCCACUGGUACCACGUCUUCUGCACCAAGACGACGUCCGCAGACCAAAAUCGCCUGCACCUCAUGUCGUCGCAGGAAAUCAAAAUGCGAUGGCCAACGUCCCGUGUGUUCCUUGUGCGCGGGCAUGGGUCGCACCCGCUGCGAGUACGAUGCCGGUCCCGACGUCACACGCUUCGCCGCCCUGAAAACAAAGCACGAGGAGCUUCAACGCCGCCUUUCUCUCUUUGAAGAGCUUUUCCGCCUUCUAUCUAUGCGCUCCGAGCCAGAAUCAGUCGAAAUUAUCAGGCGGAUGCGGACUCUGAAUAUAGAAACUGAUCUGGACGACUUGGUCAAGUUUAUCAAAAACGCAGAUCUGCUCAUCCAGCUGGCUUCUGCACAAGCCGAACCCCCUGCAUCGGGGACACCCACGAACCUCCAAGACCCUCCCGCCGAGGAUAUAUCCUCCCUACUCGAGCUAUUAAAUUCGGCUAUUUCUAAACUCGACGCAACGGCUCGCUUAGCCUUUCUUGAUACGAUAAGACUUCAGAUUGAAGCCUUUAUCACUACCGAGCGUAGUCAAUCUGGCCCCGUUGAGUCGGUCAAGAUGGAGGGGCUGGUCGACGGGGAGAUGGACGGUGCCGUGAAUGGAGAACUGCAGGAUGGCGUGGAUGGCGUACACCACCAUGAGUCAGGGGUUCCUCUCAAGCGACUACUAAACGAUGAUACGACAAAACCGAGAUGA